AUGUUUCGAAAAUCCGCUUCCCUCCUGGGCCAACGGCUCAUGGCCGUUUGUCUCCUGUGCUGGUGCGUUUCGCUAGCGACCGCCGCAAGCACAGAAGAAUGGAAGACGCGAUCCAUCUACCAGACGAUGACGGAUCGGUUUGCCCUCACCAACGGUUCGACGACCGCACCAUGCAAUACUACGGUAGCCAACUACUGUGGCGGGUCUUGGCAGGGGACGAUCGAUAAGCUGGACUACAUCCAAGGCAUGGGGUUCGAUGCGAUCAUGAUCUCUCCCGUAAUUAAAAACAUUGCGGGGCGAUCUAAGGACGGUGAGGCCUACCAUGGAUACUGGCCUCUGGAUCUAUACGAGAUCAAUUCUCAUUUCGGAACCCGGGAGGAACUGUUGAAGCUGAGCGAGGAGAUCCACGCACGCGGCAUGUACUUGCUGCUGGACGUCGUCAUCAAUAAUAUGGCUUACAUGACGGACGGCGAGGAUCCUGCGACGACCAUUGACUACAAUGUUUUCCCUCAGUUCAAUGGAUCUUCAUACUUCCACCCCUACUGUCUUAUUACGAACUGGAAUAACUAUACGGACGCGCAGUGGUGUCAGACUGGUGACAAUUAUACUGCACUCCCAGAUCUGUACACAGAACACACCGCGGUGCAGAACAUCUUAAUGGACUGGAGUAAAUCGGUCAUCAGCAAUUACUCCGUCGACGGGCUACGAAUCGACGCUGCCAAGUCCCUCACUCCCAGCUUUCUGCCUACAUAUGCGAGUACCGUGGGCGGAUUCAUGACCGGCGAAGUCAUGGAUUCGAACGCCACCAACGUGUGCAAAUAUCAGACGGAUUACCUGCCAAGUCUUCCAAACUACCCCCUCUAUUACUCCAUGAUCACGGCCUUCCUCAACGGCGAGCCUGCGACCUUGCUCGAGGAAAUCGCGACGAUCAAUGAUCUUUGCCCUGAUACGUUCGCAAUGGUCAACUUCAUCGAAGAUCAAGACGUUGACCGAUGGGCCUACAUGAAUGACGACAUCAUGCUAGCUAAAACUGCACUGACCUUCAUGAUGCUCUACGACGGUAUUCCCUUGGUCUACCAGGGUCUGGAGCAGGCCAUUGCCUAUUCCAACCGAGCGGCCUUGUGGUUGACAGAUUUCGACACCAAUGCGACGCUUUAUAAACACAUCAAGAAACUCAAUGCCAUCCGCAAACAUGCCAUUAACCUUGAUUCCAGCUACAUCAGUUCGAAAACAUAUCCCAUCUAUCAAGGAGGUAGCGAGUUGGCUUUCUGGAAGGGCAACAAUGGACGCCAAGUCAUCAUGGUUUUAUCUACGGCGGGCUCGAAUGGUUCAGCUUAUACUCUGACACUACCCGUAAGCUAUGGGGCUAGUGAGGUGGUCACGGAAGUGCUGAACUGCGUCAAUUAUACGGUCAACACUUACAGUCAAUUGGUCGUGGACAUGGAUAAGGGCGAACCUCGGGUCUUCUUUCCCGCUUCGAUGAUGCCGGGGAGCGGGCUGUGUGGCUACAAUACUUCUAAUGUGACGUAUUCUGAGCUGAGACUUGCUGCUGUGGGAUCUUCGUCGUCUGCUGGUAGCCACUCUGUCAUACCGUCUGCUUUUGCUUCGCUUUUCAUGGCGAUAGUUGCAUUUUUGGCAUUCCGGAUAUAA